GUGAUCAGCUCACCAAAUCAGCCCAUGCUCAGUAUUACGAGUGCUCCACAUUCAGGAACGAACUGUCAAGUGCAGCGGUUAUAGACGCUUGAAUUCGAAGAUCGGUGGGUGCGACGAAGGAAGAGGUUUCGGAAAGCUAUCGUCGCCCCCGCGUCGACUCGAUGGUCUCCCAGUCUGACUUCGUGGGCGGUUGCCAGCAAUGACAUGUUCUUUGACGGCCUCCAAGUGUCGAUCAAGAAUUACACCUCCUUCAACUUUGACAGCUGGCCGAGCACUUUCAAUAUUUCAAGGGGUAAAGACAUGGCUCUCGUGCAUGGCAUGCAGCGUGGCAGGAACCCCAACGACACGCGGCGAGGGGUAUGCCUCGUUCAACAAAGAAGCACCUACCCCCCCCCUCUACCUCCGCACCGACCAAGGCUAGGGAAAACAUUUUUGAGACACCUUUUUUUGGUAAAGUUGUUGUUGUUGUUGUUGUCUUCACAUUAAACCGUAUGUCAGUUGCUAAAUGCCAAAAUCUAGCAAAAGACUCCCAGCCCGUGGUCACGAAAGUGCUAGAGCCAUCUGAGGUUCUAAAGAACACGCACACAUAUAACGAGAAAAAGGUAUCCCAGAGCCCGAAGAGGUACACCUAAAAAUCCCUGCAGCACCGUAUGCGUGCCCAAAAACUGAACUGCACGUCCGUCCCACCGUUCGACUACAGUAGCAUCACCCCCUCCCUGUCCCACUCUAUACCAAAACGGAAGAUUGCCGACUACAGCAUAAUGCUGUCUGAAGUGCUGUCAG